AUUGCUCUCUCGCUACCUCCCCCCUUAUCAUGCUUCCUGCUAGAAAACCAAGUACCAGUAAGCUUCAAGCUCUUAUCCUUCUCUGCCUCGACGAAACGGCUCUACUCGUCAAGACCCAUCAAAAGUGCCUCUCUCGAGCCGAGGCCGACGUCGCCGAUCUGCUUAAAACAGGGCAAACACAACGAGCUCUCUUAUGGGUUGAACGUGCAAUCAAGGAGCAAAACUUGCUCGACGUGCUAUUCAUGGUGGAGCGAAUCCUACGAAUCUUGCAUGAACGAGCACAACAAAUCCAAACCAACAAGCAGUGUCCUAACGAGCUCCGAGAAGCAGUUGCGAGCUUGAUCUACGCUGCGCCGCGGUGCGGUGAGUGUCCAAUGCUACUUAGAAUCAGCAAGCUUUUGCGCGACAAGUUCAUGAAGCAUUCAUGCACCAUCUCACCAGAGGCUAACCAAGAGAUGAUGCAGCUUUUAUCCACCAAACAGCCCAGAUUAGAGAGUCGUCUUGCGAAAAUGGAAACAAUAGCUCGAUUACAAGGAAUUAUGCUAAAUAUGAACAAAAUUUCCUUUUCUGAGUUUUGAUUAAACUCUUUCGUGUCUUAAUCAAUUCAUAUCUUAAUUAGUUUCACAUUUAAUGUUAAGUUGAUUUCCAUUCUGCAAU